UAGAGGUGUUGAGAAGACUGAAAACUACUUUUUUCUACAAAUGUAAAAUCUUUUAUCUAGCUGUUAACUUUUUGAUGGAUAUGAAACCCAAAACCAUGAUGGAUAUGGCACUCCUUCCAAACUUUGAUCCUAUGGAUAUUGGACUCGGUUCUUCUGAGAAGGGAAAUGUUGUCCCUACAGCAAAACCAAGAAAGAAGACAACGACGUCUGUUUAUCUCAAAUGUUUUGAGACAGCCCCUGAUGGUAAAAGUAGAAGAUGCAAGUUUUGUGGACAGAGCUAUUCUAUUGCAACGGCCACAGGCAAUUUGGGAAGGCACCUCAUUAAUCGCCAUCAAGAAUAUGAAAAGGGGUGGGGGGCUAGGCUGUUGUCACUAGUUCAGCUUCACAGCUUAUCACCAGUGCGACCAAGAAACCUCGACCACAAGGAGAAGCACUCCAGAGGAAAAGUGGUUAGCAAACUCCUUCAAAAUUUUGAGCCAUCAGUACAACUCUGGCUGGGUGAAAAGUACGCAGCAGUAUUUCAGGAAGUUUUCAGGAGCAUGUGCUUCUUGAUAUUUGUCGAGUGCCUUUCCCUAAGAUCUGAGAUCUAUAACUCCCUGGUAAAGUUCCUCAAGGCAUAUCUAGAAAAAGCAAGAGCCCACUUCAUGAGAAAUUAUUAUACCAGCCAUUAUUCAUCCAUGAGUGGUGGAUAUUCUGCUCAAGAAACUGAAGAUGGAGGAAGUGUUUCUUUCGCAGAGGAAAUUGCUCGAAAGAAGCGAAGGGCAAGCAUGAGCAAUGCCACUGAUGAACUCACUCAUUAUCUGUCUGAGCCGCCGGCUCCUAUACAAAAAGAUGUCUUGGAAUGGUGGAAGGUCAAUAGUACACGCCACCCUCUCCUCUCUGUGAUGGUGAGAGAAUUCUUGGCUGUGCAGGCAACUUCAGUGAUGCCCGAAGAACUAUUUUGCAGUAAAGGUCAUGGACCCAAGGGGGGCAUCGAGUUAAAGUCCACUGGAAUAGACUAUGACAGGUUGAUGGAAUUGGCAGCAGCAAUGACAGCAGAAAACAGCUCGACUGGUUUUGACAAGAAACAAAAGUGAAAGAGGGUAUGAUCUGCUGGCAACAUAUGAUCUCGUUACUAGUCUACCUGUUGUAUAUUUUGCCACCCAAGAAAAUUGGGUCUAGGAUGUUUAUUCUUAUUAUUGUUUCAUGUAUAUAUGAAAAUGAAAAUUAUGUAUUGGU